AUCUAUGAAUUACUUUGUAAAUCAUUUCCAUUUGCAUUAUGUAAAAAAAAUUAUCAGUUAAUACUAGCUACUGUUGUGCACUGCAAAAGGCAUUGCAUAAAAAUAAUAGUAUCCACACAGAAACACGUGUACACUUUUUACUUAGUGGUCCUGAACUACUUGGGAACUUUACGGAAUGUCAUUGAAGGCAGCACACGACAGUACGUGAGUAGGUGGAGCUUUCGUUUAAAGGGAUGUCCACAGUACAGUACAGUUGGCUGCAUUUUUGGACAUUUUGGCUGUCAGACGUGUAAAGACAAUCAAAGGAACAAACCGCACGUCUCCGUGAAGGUUCCACCAUCCGGAAUAGCGACGUAUGUUUUUAUUUUUGUGCUGCCACUCUCUUUUUGCUUUCAGUUAAUGCAGGAAAACGGGAGAGUCCACCUCACGAAACCAGCCUGAGUGGUUUUAGCGCGUAGCUGUCACCAGGAUGGCUGUUUCUCCCGGAUAGAAAACAGUCAGAACUUUGACUUCUGACAUUGGACACUCCGGGCAUUUCUCCACCAGCAGGCCUCCUAGGACUCCUCUUCCCCUCGCGACCCAGACAGGUGUUGAAGUAGACGGAGGGUCCUUAACGCCUCACUGACGGUCAUGUUUCGGAUAAACAACAACGACGAGUGCGACUGUGUGAUGAACGUCAGUGCUGCAGAGCGCUGUGCAUUUGUCAAGAACACAUCGGACUGUAACAUGGAAGAUGGCUUCAUCAACUAUCUACAAGUGGUCUUCUGUCUGCUUCCACCUGACCUCACCCCCCUCACCGUCACUUUCUGUGUUAUAUGGUUGCUCUUUUUGUUCGUCAUCCUUGGCCUCACUGCAUCCAAGUUUUUCUGUCCCAACCUGUCAGCCAUCUCCACCAGUUUACACCUCACUCACAACGUCGCUGGCGUGACCUUUCUGGCUCUUGGUAAUGGGGCUCCAGACAUCUUCAGUGCCAUAGCAGCCUUCUCCCGCCCUCAUACGGCUGGCCUGGCUGUUGGAGCGUUAUUUGGAGCGGGAAUAUUUGUCACCACCGUUGUCGCUGGCAGCGUGGCGCUCGUCAAACCUUUCGCUGUGGCCUCCCGUCCUUUUUUGCGUGACGUCAUCUUCUACAUGUCGGCAGUGUUCUGGACUUAUCUCAUCCUGUACAGAGGAACCAUAACACUAGGAGAAACAUUAGGAUACCUGGGCCUCUAUGUGGUGUACGUAAUGACUGUAAUCAUCAGUGCAUACAUCUACAGCCGACAAAAACGUUUGAUCAAUGCAAGGAUGGACGGAGCUUCACAAAUUCAAGAGUCGUAUGAGUCGUCUGACUCGUAUGAAAACGAGGUUCCCUGCUUGCUACCUGCGACGCAACAACCGGAAUAUGAGUCGGAGUACAGGCCACUUCUGCAUUACACCGAGUCCACCAAACAGAUCCUACUGAGCUCUCUCAAUCCAGUGGAUACUAGGAAGUGGAGGAGGAAAUCAUGGAAGUGGAGGGUUGUUAAAGUAUUGAAGACACCUGUGGAGGUCAUCCUGCUGCUGUGCAUUCCUGUUGUUGAUCUUGAUAAAGAAGACAAGAACUGGAGACGACCACUCAACUGUCUUCAUUUGAUCACUGCCCCGCUCGUGUGUGUGCUUGCCUUCCAGUCUGGACUAUUUGGCGAUUAUUUGAUUGAAGGACAGUUUCCUGUGUGGGUGCUGACUCUUCUCCUGGGACUCUUCCUGUCUGCUAUUGUCUUCUGCAGCACCACAAAUGAGUGUCCCCCAAAAUAUCACCCACUCUUUGCUAUUUUGGGCUUUUUGGUGAGUGCGGUGUUGAUCAGUGCAACAGCAUCAGAAGUGGUCAGCCUUCUGCACAUGCUGGGUGUGGUGCUGAGCCUUAGUAACACUGUGCUGGGCUUGACUCUUCUGGCCUGGGGCAACAGCAUAGGAGACUGUUUUUCAGACAUCACUAUCGCAAGACAAGGAUACCCAAGGAUGGCCAUCUCAGCCUGCUUUGGAGGCAUCAUUUUCAACAUGCUAUUUGGAGUGGGCUUAGGCUGUCUGGUGCAGAUGAUGAAAACACACUCUGAAGUGCAGCUGGAACCAGAAGGACUUCUGACGUGGGUUCUGGCAGGAUCUCUUGGUGUGUCUUUGGUUCUGUCUUUUGUCAUCGUUCCACUCAGCCGUUUCCACUUGGGUCGACCCUAUGGCAUUUUCCUCCUCAUUUUCUACGUCACCUUCCUCGUGGUUGCCCUGCUCACUGAGUUUGACUCCAUCUAAGCCGUGCAGGCUCACACGAGGGAUGCGUGGCGACACCCCGGAUCCACCUCAACAACUGACUUUGAAGCACUUUUUUUUUUUUUUUUUACUGCUGACAAGCUUGCUGGGUUUUUAUUCACGGAGCCAAGCGGUUUUUGCUCAGGAAAACUACUUACUGUGCCAUCAAUCUGCUGCAUAGUUUUUAAAGAUGACAAUUUUAAAUAGGGACAAUAUGAUACAUUUUAUAUAAACUAAAUGUAAUGUAUGUGACAAUCAAGCUGCUUUGUGGGUAAUUAAACACCUUUCACAUACUGUUACACUAUUUUUUUUAAUUAAACAUAAACAUAAAUACGUUACCAGUCAAAAAGGCCUGUUUAAAGAGUUUAUUAAAAUCCCGUUAGGAAAUCAAGUACAGCACAGAAGCAGUAAUACAAAAGUAGACUUAUUUGGGAUUGGAGCUGAAAAGGAGUGUUCAUACUUGGUUGUGAUUUUAUUGUUAAGAACCAUGUAACUCGGGAGUCAAGAUUAAAUACAACAUUAACGAAUACUCACUAAAGUUAAGGCGCCGUGUUACACAGACAUUGACCGUACAAAGAUGGAUAAAUUCAUCAUUUUCAUUUA